CGAGUUUGUCACAGCAAAAAAACACCAUCAACGUUUCUAACAGCAGAAAGAAAGAAAAGAAGAGGAUGGAUUUCUCUUGCAAGUACUUCAAGGAAGGCAAAUGUGAAGGCCAAAAGGUAGUGGAUGGUGAAACCAUGCCAUUAGUGCUAAUACCACAGGACUCCAACAAGAAUGACUUGGAGUCUCUUCUCUUGGCUCUGAAAAAUAACAAGGAAUGGUUUGAGCAGAUGAUCAUCAAGAACAGUGCUGUUCUUCUCAGAGGAUUCCAAGUCGAUAAUCCGCAGGACUUCAAUGAAAUCAUCGAGACCUUCGGCUGGGAGGACAUUCGUUACAUCGGUCCUGCACCGCGCACACAUAUCUACAAACGAAUCUGGACGGCCAAUGAAGGUCCUCUCUCUGAGUUCAUAUACUACCACCAUGAAAUGGUUUUGUUCAAGGACCAUCCCAAGCAAUUGAUGCUCUUCUGUGAGAUACCACCACCAGAAGGUGGAGAGACGCCCUUCGUUCCAAGCUUCCGUGUCACGGAACGAAUGCUCGAGGAGUUCCCGGAAGCUGUGGCGAAAAUGGAGGCAAAGGGGCUGAGAUACACAUUCACUGCUCUCAACGAUGACAACAAGGGCUCCAUGAGAGGCAGAGGCUGGAAAGAUGCUUUUGGGACACCAGACCCUGCAGAGUGUGAGAGAAGGUGCAAGGCUCUAGGGAUGGAUGUGGAAUGGCUUCAAGACGGCUCGCUUAAGACUAUAUUGGGGCCCCGUACUCUGACAACGGUGUUCGAUGGAAGAAAAGGGCGGAAGAUGUGGUUCAACACGAUCGUUGGAAUGCAUGGGAAGGAGCUCAGUACCGCGACAAUGGCAGAUGGAACGGAGAUACCAGAGAAUGUAGUGAAGAGAUGCGGAGAGAUCAUUGAAGAAGAGAGCAUCCAGUUCAAGUGGGAAAAGGGAGAUGUUCUGUUCUUCGAUAAUGUGGCCCUGCUCCAUGGAAGAAGGCCUUCUUUGCCUCCUAGAAGAGUCCUUGUUGCUACUUGCAAGUAAUUCAAUCUUUCAAUUAAAGUAAUGCUAAUCACUGUCAAAUGUGACAGAAAAUAAGAAAAGUAUUUGUAUUUUCCCUCGAGGUUUCUUGAUACCAUACGCCAAAUAUGACAAGAAAAUAAGACGAAUUCUAAUUUCUAAGUUCCAUGCUUUCUGUUUAAUAUCAGAAAUCCAGCUCACUCGAAUCAACAAAUAUUGUCGGUUCCCUAUGUUUCUCUAAACUGUCUCACUUAACGGUACUUUAGCCCAGAAUAUGAAUCUAUUUCCCAAGUUGGCAGAAUAUAAUGCUAACUAUGACAUCCACUAGUAUAAAUCCAUUGAGAAGCAUGAUUUCCUCCCAUAAUUCUGCUGGCUAGGGCAAACAAUGAGUGCACAGCGCUCUCUCGAAGAUCUCUUCAAUAAAACGUAAAACCAAACAUGUGACCUGAAUCCAGCCUGACCUUCGUAGGAAAAGAUCUAUUAAUAUGCUAAUAAGCUGUUUAAUGACAGCUCCAUCUAUCACUUUAUUGUGAUAUACCAGCUUGACCCCCCUCCAACCAUUCUCAUUUUUUCUGUAGGUAAGUGGGAGU